AUGACGAAACCCCGAGCUGGUCGAGCAAGGUCCGCGCAGAGGGUAUGGUCAGCUCCUGCGGGAGGAAUGGAAGCCAUGGAGAAGGUGAAUAUAAAAUUCCAUGAAAACGGUACUGUGAGCUUUCAACACAACAAAGUUCUACGAUUCGUACCAGAUAUGUCUGUUAGAAGAGAUUCCAAACUCAUUGUACCAAAUAUCCCCUUGCUUACACUUACAUCUAAAAGUGCAUCACUGCCCCACAUAAUGCGCAUCGCUCUGUCAAUGGGCUUGAAAACUUUGUAUAAAGGGCAUGAAUUCACUACUGUUACAGCUGACGAACUUCUUUUUGGGUAUGAAGAACAGCUGAUCAACCUGGCUCACAGAUUUUACCCUAGAGGAAAAAGGCCACCUGCUAAGAUGGGUCUUCUCAUUGGGAGAAACACAAGUAUUAUGAAUGAUGUUGAGACCAUAUUUACUGGACAUACAGAUAUGAAGGACUUUGGCUUACUUUCUAAGUUAAAUGGACAAGAUAAUCUUCCAUAUUGGGAAUCAGAACCAUGUAACUCAAUAAGAGCUUCUGAAGAUGCUCCCAUCUAUUCAUCUCUUCCUCAUUACUAUGGAGUAAAUAAUCCUGAAAUAACUGAUGUUGUGGAAGGUUUAAAACCAAUCAAAGAAAAACAUGAACCCUACAUUAAGCUUCAACAGAAAAUUGGAGUUCCACUAGAGGUCUUGAUAAGAAUACAACUGAACAUAAAAGUAACACAGUCUAACCUCACUCCAACAAAGAAAUUUCCAUCAAUGUAUUUUCCUAUUAUGUGGGUCGAAGAGGGUGCAGAAGAGUUACCUGAUUACCUCAUUAGAUGGAUAUAUCUCUGUACAACAUUGACACCUUGGCUAGUUCCAGUUUGCUCAUAUGGAAUCAUUGCAUUUGGUGCUUUAAUGCUACUAUCAAUAUUCUUCCGUGCUUAUAGAAAAGUCGUCUUUACAAGGGACAACAUCGAACGUGGAAAGAGAAAAAUUCUCAGAAGAGGAUCUUCUUUCUUUGUAAAUGGACAACAUCGUCUUUUAAUCAUAAGAGACUCUUACACACUUUUACAAAACCAACCGGAAAUUGCAGAGACUUCCCUCAAUCCUGACCCUGAAAUUUCCUAAUAGAUAUUUUCAAAUUUAAUAACAUUUCUGAAAAAUAUAGAUCAAAACUAUUUGAAAAAAAAAAUUGUAAAUAUUCCCUAAACUUUGUUAAAUGUACAAAUUUUCACUCAAUAGAAAUAAGGAAGAUAAUAGUAAAAAAACAACUUUAUGUGAUCAUUUAAUGCAUAUUUUAUCAUAUGUGAUGUAUAUAAAUAAGAUGAUUUUUUUUUAAAAUAGUAUCAUUGAGUUUGAAUGUGUGUACAUAGCUCUCUUAAAAUUAAGUGGUGAUGUAUUCCAUACUCAGGCCUAUUAUAGUUUAAAUAGUCGAGUCAUGUAAAGGCCAAUGUUAGUACUAGUCUAUAUAUCGUCACCACCAGGAAACGUUUCAGAAAAUUUAAAAAAUAUUUGCGAUCUGACUGUUGUUGUAGUCAAUGUCUUAUAUUGUUGGUUGUAGUGCUAUGCUAUAGUGUUGAUAGAAUCAAGACUGUAUCCUAGCCUAGUUUUCGAGUAUUAUUAAAUUGUUAAUAGUUGUAAUUUAGUUUAAUAUUAUUUUAAAAUAUUAGAAGAAAAAAUCCAAACCAUUUAGUUUUGGUAGUUAAUUUGUAAAUAAUUAUUAAUACAAACCAAGUGAUAGUUGUAAUAAUUGUACAAAAUUUCGAAUUGGUUUUAGUUUUGUCAAUAGGCAUUGCAUUUUCCUUUAUUUAACGAUUAUUAUUUGCAAAUAAUGUUCUGCCUCUUUAGAAAUGCUCUAGAUUUUCAUUAAUUCACUGUUAUUCAAAGUAACAUGAGGUAAAAGUAUAAAAUAGAAAAGGAUGGUUGUCCAAUAGUUUGGUAAAGUGAGAAAGUGUGGCUACAGGAAGUAAAAAAUAUCAAACAUAUGGAUUCUCAGUAAUCCAUGAAGAUAUUAUAUCUCCAGAAAUAUAUGAAUCAACUUUGUUUGGUUUAUAACUUCAAGAAAAAGUAGUUCCAACUGUAUAAUUUUAAAUAUUAAAAUUUAAAUAUUAAAAUUAAAACAAAUAAAUUGUAAUUAAUACUGAAGAGAAAGAAAUUAUGUUUCUAUUUUGAACUAUGACAUAGCUUCUUAUUUGAUCAAUCUUAAACUUUAUAAUAUCAAUGAAUAGUUUUAUUUAAUUUCUUAUCAAUGAUAUUAAUAGUUAUACUGUUGCUACAACCUAUAAGAACAAUUUUAUUGGAAAAUAUGUUUUUGGAGUUUUCUGCUCAAUAUUGUCCUAAUAAAUAUUCAGAAUUACAAACUAGAAAGUUUAUUUAAAAUAUUACACAUUUGUAUUAAGCACACUAUAAAAAUGUAUCAGAAAAUCUGGUUUCACCUUAUGAAUAUUUUUAAUUUUUACAAUUACAGGCUUUUGAUAAAUAUAUAGAUAGCAGUAGUUUUGAUAAAUUAUACACAAUCCUAUUUCACACUUUGCCACUUUACUGACAGUGAGGACAGAGGUCAAUUCAUAAUAGAAAAUAAAUCAAUUAUGAAAUUUUUAAUUUAAUCAAAGGAAUUAAACAAACUUUACUAAUAACAUUCAUUAAAUUGAAAAAUACUUAGCAUUAUUCUGUACUGUACUUUGAGAGUAAAAAAAAAAGAGGUCCAUCCUUGAUUCUUUGUACUAGCAUUCAGUUAACUGAGACUUAAUUUCUUUGACAGUAGGUUUAUGAUACAUUAAAAGAACUAAGUCACACUUAAAAUGUAUUUAAUGCAUUAUUGCCUCUACAACUCAUCUAACAAUUUUUUAAAAAGAUUUAGAUUUAGUUCUCCUCCUCAUGCCUUUUAAUAUUUCAAUACAAAAAAAAAAAUUAACUACGGGAAAAUAUACAAAAUAAUAUAUUUUAAUAAAAAAUAAAGAUAUAUAUUUUUAUUGUAUAAUUAAAAUAUAAUGUGGUUGUGAUUGCAUUGAAGCGUACGUACAUGUUUAUUUAAAAUAAAAUAUUACUUCAUAAUAUAUUAUUUGGCUGGUGUUUAUUGAAAAAAAAAACUCAAUAUCUCAAAUUAUCAGAUGAGGUUUAAAAUUUUAAAAUCUUAAUGAUUCUUGGUAUAAUUAUUUCUAUUAUUUGUGAAAUAUUUAUUACAUAUAUAUAUAUAUAUAUUCUUUUUUUUAUCAAUGUUCUGGUUUUUAUUUGAUUUUCGGUGCAAUGAUGAACUGGAAUGAUUUUUUGAAAAUUUUAAACUACUCUACUGAUAUAUUUGUGAUAUCAGCUUUUUUAACAAUGCCAACAAUUUAAAAAAAAAAUUAAAUAUUUAUAUUUAAUUGUAUUUUGAUGAACUUGGAAUUAUAAUUAUUGAACUUGUAAAUUAUUAUUUUUAUAUUUGAAUUUUGUACCAAAACAUUUGGUCUGUAAGCAAGAUAAAACAGGGAAUAUGCAAUGUUAUAUUGAACAAUUAGACAACUUUGUAUCUAUUUUAUAGUUAUUUUUCAUUUUAAAAUUAUAGUUAAUAAUUUAGUCUGAGUUUUAUAGUUCAAUUAAAAUUUUAAAAUAUAAAUGUAAUUAGUAAACACAAUUUUAUAAGAACUUGUAGAUUUCAUAACAUAUAUUUCUUAAAGAAAAAUUGAAGGAAGUAUUAGAAUAAAAUCAUGGACCAGAAUUAUUUUGAAAUUCUACAAAUCAUACGUAAUUGUGAUAUAACCAUCUAAGUGCAAUUUUAUUAUAUUUGUAAAUAAGUGUAUAUGUAUAUGAUAGUUACAUAGUUAAAAUGGUGUAGAGUAUUGCUCAAAUAUUAAAUUUCAUUAUCAUAUCGUGAUAUAGUUUAAAUUUAUAAUAAAAACUUUAUAUGACAAAUUAAUAAUUCUAUUAUUUUUUCCGUAUUAUGCAUUUAAUGUUGCAUUAUAUCCUUGACCCAAAUAAAAUUAUAUUCAAAUUGUUGUAUUAUUUACCUCUUGGUAGAAUGAGUACUAAAAAUGCGAAGACUGAUUUUUUAAAUUUAUUUAUGAAAUUUUAACAAGAAAAGAAUAAUCUUUGUUUUCUGCUUUGAUUGUUAACAUAUUUAAACACCUAUUGUUAAUUUCAAUUAUCCAAACUCUAUAAAAUCAACAUUUUCAAAGCAAAAUACAUUAGGUAUGUAUGACCAACUACAUUUGUAGGUUGGUCAGUGUGUGUUGUCAAAGAUUCCAGGAAAUAUUUAUAAUAUCUUCUGUUUUCAAGCUGUUCAAACUGUUUUUCAAUAUUUUCAAAUCAUUAGAAGAGAUAUAAAAGAAUAUUAAAUGUAUAUAAUUGAGGUCUGAGCCACUUGAAAUGUACUUCAAGGUAAAUCAAUUAAAUUAAAUGAUAAGGAUUUAAAAAUAAAAUAUUUUAUUUGGGUAAUAAUUUUAAUUUUAGUUAAUAAUUUAAUAUUAUUUUGGAAAUGGAUAUUCAGGAUGACUUUCCAUUAGAUUGACAAUACCUUUAUUUCCACGCCCACCAAAUAUUCUUCCCUCCUCACCACGGUCUAAAGCACUUAUCCUUUCGAAUUCUUCCUUUUAACAAAAUGAUACUUACCUCAAAAUUUUGUUUGAUUCUUGAAGGAUUCGUGCUUUUUGGAAUAACUACCACUCCAUAUUCAAUUAGGUACCUUAAGAGAAUAUGGGAAGGCUGCUUAUUGUACCUCUUAGCAAUUUCAAUAAUUAGAGGAUCUUCCAUAGGACGUAAAACCCUUACC